CCCCAUAAAAAAAAAACCAAGGUGCUUUUCCAACCACAUUUCUCACAAGCUCUUCCUUUUUUAUUUUUCGUCACAAAUGCUUUUCUUAGUGAGAUGAAUUUAUGAUGUCAGACAACCAGAAACUGUGAAAUUAAAACAGGCUUCAGAUAUAUCUUGAACUUCACACCAAAACUCCUUCCACGGCCACCGCGGGGGGCGGGGGGAUCAACUUUCCCACAGUAAAAUACUAGGCUAAAGGGCUGUGGUUAAAGCCAGAUGUUAAAAUAAGCCACUGGGCUUACCCUAGCUGGCUCCCGCCAGCCUUUGGGGCCAGGCAAAGAACUUGAAUAGAAGAGGGAGAAAGGACACUAAAAGACUACAAUUCCCAGCAGGCACAGCGGCCACGGAGGUCACGCAUGCGCAGCUCCCAUGAUUUCUAGGAGAAAGAAUGGCGGCUCCUGGUCUGCGGCGCGGAAUACAAAGGCUCUUAGGUGGGUCGCCGAGUAGGGCCCGUCUGAGCCGACCGUACAGCUCGGGUCCGACCUUGGCUGAGGUGCUACAGCUGCCGAAGAAGCAAAUGACGAAACUGCUGUACCCGCUGCAGGAACUCGAGCAACACCUGGUUCCGGACACGAGGCUCAACCUUCACCUCAAGCUCUUCGACCCCAGCCCGGAAAACAUUGAAAGGGCUGAGGGCAUCUUCGCCGCCACCGCCCGGAACCGCAUCGAGUACCUCAGCUCCGCGGUCCGUCUCGACCACGCCCCGACCCUCGCCCAGCCGGAGGUAUGUUUUAUAGGCAGAAGCAAUGUUGGAAAAUCCUCUCUAAUCAAGGCUUUAUUUUCACUGGCCCCUGAUGUUGAAGUCAGAGUCUCAAAAAAACCGGGGCACACAAAGAAAAUGAAUUUUUUCAAAGUUGGAAAACACUUUACUUUGGUGGACAUGCCAGGUUAUGGCUAUAGAGCACCUGAAGACUUUGUUGACAUGGUAGAAACCUAUCUAAAAGAACGAAGGAACUUAAAAAGAACAUUUUUACUAGUGGAUAGUGCUGUUGGAAUCACAAAAACAGAUCAUAUUGCCAUAGAAAUGUGUGAGGAAUUUGCACUACCUUAUGUGAUGGUGUUAACAAAAAUUGACAAAUCUUCCAAAGGACAUCUUUUAAAACAAGUACUUGAGAUCCAGAAAUUUGUUAACACACAAACACAAGGAUGUUUUCCUCAGUUGUUUCCUGUAAGUGUUGUGACUUAUUCCGGAAUUCAUCUGCUGAAGUGCUUUAUAGUAAAUAUAACAAAACCUGUAACUACUAUGUAGAGAAGUGCUGACCCUGUUAUUUAAGUGAGCUUUUAACUUUUCAAAGAAAAUGUCUUAUGUAUAUACUAUUCUGUUAACUCUAAACUGGACUAAGGGGGCUGGAAAUGUGGCAUAGUGGUAGAG